AUGUUUAUGCUAGACGCCAUGCAAUGUAAUCCCGAACAGUGUUAUGCAGAAUUCAGGAUGUAUCCUGCCAUGCUGCGUACAUUCACUCAUAUACUCUGUGACGAAUAUAGACUGCAUAGUGGCCAGCAAGUUGAUAUGUAUGAACAAGUUGGAAUGUUUUUAUGCAUAUUAGCCCAUGGAAAGGGCUACAGACAGGUUCGAACUUUGUUCAAUCAUUAUUUGCAAACUAUUGGGCACUAUUUCAAAAUUGUGCUUGAUGCCGCAUGCGAAUUUGCUAUACGCCUCAUCAGACCUGAUCCAAACUAUAAUCACGGUGCGGAGCAUCACGUACCAAAUUUGAACCAGCAUCCGCUAUUCGAGAAUUGCAUAGGUGCAAUUGACGGAACGCACGUGCAAGCUAUCUUGCCGCGGGACGAACGAGGUGGACAGGAACAACGCAUGAUUCACGCAUGUUGGCUCGGUCUAUACAUAGUCCUGAAAUUGAUUUUCCCCAUCCUGCCCCAGGAAAAUUUUUAUCUUGUCGACUCAGGAUUCGCCCAUAGACCUGGGUACAUGGCUCCAUACAAGGGUUCUGAUAUACUGUAUCAUUUUCAGCAGUUCUACGACGGUGAGACGGGUCGUAGACGAAACUUUCGCAACGCACGUGAGAGAUUUAAUUUCAGGCAUUCGUCAUGCAGAAACGUUAUCGAGCGUGCCUUUGGUGUGUGGAAAGUUCGGUGGAAAAUACUUGAUCGUAUGCCCAGUUAUAAUUUCAAAAUGCAAACUGCUGUUGUCCUAGCCACGAUGGGUAUACACAACUUCCUUCGACGGGCAGGAGUUGUCGACGAAGCGUUCACAAGGGCGGAGAUAGAUCCGGACGCGGCAGAGGUAGAACUUCAAGAUGAGCAGGAGCAAACCGCUGCUGAAUUGAAUGCUCUAGAAACGCAACGAAAUGAAUGGAAUCGUUUCUGCGACUUUUUGGCUCAAAGUCAGUGA